AUGGAAACAGAUACUUCCGCCAAGGCAAGCAACUACAUAGGUGUACGAAAGCGGCCAUGGGGGAAAUAUGCGGCGGAGAUUAGGGAUUCAACCCGGAAUGGGACGAGGGUUUGGAUCGGAACUUUCAACUGCGCCGAGGAUGCUGCUUUGGCUUACGACCAGGCCGCUCUAGCGAUGCGUGGCACCUCGGCUUCCCUCAACUUCCCGGCCGAGUUUGUGCGCAAAUCCUUGGAAGAAUUGGACUGCAAAGAAGGGACGUCCAUGGCUGCUGCUCUGAAGGAGAAGCACAAGAAAAGAACCCGGCGGCAUGGUAAAGCAAAUCCGCCCUCGUGCGAGAAGGAGGAGGAAACGAAUAAUAAUGGUGUUUUGGUUUUUGAGGACUUGGGAUCUGAUCUGUUAGAUGAGCUCUUGUCUCAAACUUCUUCCUCGUGCAUGUAA